GGGCUGUCGGUGCUCUGCAACUUGGCCAACCAGCUCUACUACCCCUGCGAGCACGUCGCGUGGGCGGCUGACGCCGGCAUCGUCCGCGUCGGCUCUCAGAAGUGGUGGACGCUGAGCACGGCGCUCUGGGCCUUGGCCCUGCUCCUGGGCAUCCUGCGAUCCCUGAGAAUCCUGUUCCAGUUGAGGCAAAAGUUGAGGCAGCACAAGGGCACAUCUUCGCCUCUGAGUCGAAAGAAAACGAAAGCUCAAGUGAAGGCUGAAGUUUUGAGCAUCCUGACAGACGUGGCAGAUCUCUCCAACGCAAUCCACUGGCUGCCUCCGGGGUUUCUUUGGGCUGGAUGCUUUCCUCCAUGGUUAGUAGGUCUCCUGGGGACCAUAUCUUCCCUGAUUGGUAUCUACCAGGCAUCUAGAGGAGGAAAUUCUGAAGCUGUAUAA